GCAGCAGGGCUGGGCGGUGAAAAGCUUUCAGCUCCACUCUGCACGCUGAUCCAUGCAGGAGCAGCAGCAGCAGCAGCAGCAGCAGUGAGGGUGGAAAACGGGCAGGACAAACAUUCAACCUGCACUUUUACAACAUAUUGAUUAGCUGAAUUUUGUCAGCUGUAAGUAUGGUGGUGUGAGUGUGUGUCAUUUUGUGUGUUUGGUUUGCCUGUUUUCAGACUUCAAUCACUGUAUUUGGAACACAAGAAAAAAAAAAAGAGAUGAUUGAGCUGGGCCUCGCUGAUGGGAGCCUGAUUGAUGAGUUGAUGGAGCUGACGGCUCAGAGCCUCAGUCAUCUGGAGAUCCAGGAACGCUUCAACAUCAUUAAGGAGAUCGGCAGAGGGAAAUAUGGCAAAGUGCUGCUGGUGACACAUCGCUUCAGGGGGACUCCCAUGGCCUUGAAAGUGAUGCCCAAAGCCUCAACUAAGCUGCAGGGUUUUCUGCGAGAGUACUGCAUCUCCUUACACCUGUCCUGCCACCCCUGCAUCGUGGGCCUCUUUGGCAUUGCUUUCCAGUCUAAUGAGCACUACUGCUUUGCCCAGGAGCUCGUCAUUGGGAGGGACCUGUUUGCUGUCAUCCAGCCAAAGGUGGGUAUUCCAGAAUCUUCGGUAAAACGCUGUGUCCUCCAGAUUGCCAGUGCUUUGGAGUUCAUUCACAGUCAUGGUCUAGUCCACCGUGAUGUCAAGCCUGAAAACAUUCUCCUAUUGGACAAUCAUUGCUGCCAGGUCAAGCUGGCAGACUUUGGCCUGGCCCAAAAGAGAGGAACCCUGAUACGAUUCAUCACAGGUACCCUGCCUUACAUGGCCCCCGAGCUUUGUACCGUGGCCCUUCUGGAUGGCCAGAAAGAAGUGACUGCUCCUCCACUUAGUGUGGAGCCAAGCCUGGACACCUGGGCCUUCGGAGUGGUUAUCUUCUGUAUCCUUACAGGCUACUUCCCCUGGGAGCGCUGCAUGGACUCGGAUGACUUCUACCAGGAGUUUGCUGACUGGUGUAGAAUGGAGGAGAGACCUAACACAGAGGAGGACAUUCCUCCUCUGUGGAAAAGGUUCACUCCAGAAGCCAUGGAGAUGUUUGGUAAGCUCCUGGCUGUGGAUGUAGGGAAGAGGUGUACAGUGGGGGAGGUGAGAGCAUAUGUGGAGAAGGACUGGCUUAAGAAGGCACAUGGGAAUGGGCAGCAGCAGAUGGCAGAAAAAGAAAAAGCCAGCAUCUCUCUGAAUAAUCCUGAAGUGGAGGAACAUCCUAAUGUCUAGUGACUUGUAGCAUUUUUGUAUAAUCUAUAGCAUCCUCCUUAAUAGUAUACAAAACUAUAUCUUAAAGGCUUUACAAUGCCUGAUAUUCGGCAUGCGAUUUGCAGUGAUGAAACAGUGUCUACAUCAUUCUGAAUUGAGGUAUAUUAUUCUGAAGUCUAUGUCCUAGUGUCUAUGUAAAGAUCAUUUAACAAGGAUGGCCUUGUGU